AUGGAAGACUCUGCUUCUCCUGCUUCUCCGCCUCCGACCAAGAGUCGACAAGAUUUCGGAAAAUUGGAUUACGGAUGCGACCAUUAUCGGAGACGAUGCAAGAUUCGAGCCCCUUGCUGCGACCAGAUUUUCCCCUGCCGCCACUGCCACAACGAAGCCGCGAGCUCCCUCAGCAACCCCAAAGAUCGCCAUGAACUUGUCAGGCAGGAUGUGAAGCAAGUUGUAUGCUCCGUUUGCAAUACAGAGCAACAGGUUGCUCAGCUUUGUUCUAACUGUGGUGUCAACAUGGGAGAAUAUUAUUGCGAUAUUUGCAAGUUCUAUGAUGAUGAUAUCAGCAAGCAGCAAUUUCAUUGCAAUGAGUGCGGGAUUUGUAGAGUCGGUGGUCGUGACAAAUUCUUUCAUUGUCAGAAGUGUGGUUCUUGCUAUGUAGUGGAACUGCGUGAUAAUCACUUAUGUGUAGAAAACUCCAUGAAAAAUCACUGCCCUGUUUGCUAUGAGGUAUCGUUGUCCCAUUUGCUCCAAGACAGUACACGACAUGGAUACUAUUUGGAGAUUGUUGGAUGCUGA